AGGAGUUAACAAUCCCCGCAGCCGGAGCUCCUCCUCUUUUAAUAACAGCCUGUGCCUCCCAGAAGGUAUGCUCGGUCGGUAUUGGCCAGGCUGCCGGAGAGAUAGAGGGGCAUUGCACGCAGAUCGCUUCUCGCUCCGCAAGGAAGCCGCGAUCUCCCAGUCCAGCCGCUCGCUGAGAAAGGAAGAGGGCGGAGGAGGGGAAAUGCAGCCAAGCUAGAAGAAGGGGGGCAGAAGUUGCUCACGAGCAGGAAGAACAAAAUAAAACAGCCGCCGAAUCUGGACGAACUGACAGACCCAGAAAAGGCGCUUGGAGGGGACAGUAAAUUUGAACAAAGAAAGUAGACGAGAGGGGGGAAAAAAUUGAGAGAUUUAGCUUGUGGAAGUUGUUCAUGAAAAACAUUCCGGUAAAUCCCUUUGUGACGCUGAGGGCUUGCAUACACUAUGGGCUGAAAAGAAACCCUCGCUGUGCUGCCUAACUACCCUGCAGUACUGUGGAGAAAUAAAUAGAAUUUCCAAUGCUGGGAUCUGAAACAACAACUCAAGUGCUGGAAGAACUCGGUUGACAUCGUGUUGAACAAAGGGCUGGAAGAUGUCUGUGCUCGAUUCCAGGUCUUCAGAGAACACAAAGGCAGCCAGCAAGAUGACCUUUGACUUCCAACAGAAUGCUCCAUCGGACAACGACUCCGGCUGUGCUCUGGAGGAGUACGCAUGGGUCCCCCCAGGACUCAAGCCCGAACAGGUCCACCAAUACUUCCGCUGCCUCCCGGAGGAAAACAUCCCGUACGUCAACAGCAUCGGGGAGAAGUUCCGUGUGAAACAGCUCCUCUAUCAGCUCCCGCCUCACGACAAUGAUGAAAAGUACUGCCAGUCGCUCAGUGAAGAGGAAAAGAUGGAACUGCGCGUUUUCAGCGGACAGCGGAAGAGAGAAGCCCUGGGCCGCGGAAUCGUCCAGAUCUUCCCGCUAACUGCAUCUGGGGCGCUGUGUGAAAAGUGUGGAGUGAAGAUGAACGGGGGCGAUGUGGCCGUCUUCGCUCAGAGAGCAGGGAACCGGACCUGUUGGCACCCACACUGCUUUGGCUGCAUCACCUGCCAGGAGCUACUUGUCGACCUCAUAUACUUCUACCAGGAUGGCAAGAUAUACUGUGGUCGACACCACGCUGACCUCUUUAAACCCCGCUGUGCAUCAUGUGACCAGUUGAUCUUUUCGGAAGAGUGCACGGAGGCAGAAGGCAGAUACUGGCACAUGGACCACUUCAGCUGUACUGAAUGUGAAGCCAUUCUUGGAGGACAGAAGUACAUUAUGAAGGAGGGACAGCCGUACUGCUGCAGCUGUUUCGAAAUGCUGUACGCCGAGUACUGCGAGACUUGCAGGGAGAUCAUCAGUAUUGACUAUGGACAAAUCACCUACAGUGGGCACCACUGGCAUGCAACCAGCUCUUGUUUCUGUUGUUCUCAGUGCCAGAAGCCUCUCUUGGGAUGCGCCUUCACCUACAGGCAGGGCCAGGUCUUCUGCUCGAUCCUGUGCAGCCAAGCGGAGGAGCCUGCCGGCUCCGAUUCCUCGGAUUCCGCGGUUCAGUCGACGCAGUCCCAGGAAUCGAGCUGCAUCUUCGGUCUUGGAGGGGACCGCGCGGCCACUGGUGCUUCCGGCAGCUCCUCGCCCGAGAACCCUCACUGCCGCCAGACCGCCGGGACACUGCCCGCGGACCGCGCAGAGCCCCGCCUCCAAUGGGGGGACGUCCCCAGUGGUAACGGUGACCUUGUCUUGGCUCUCAACAGCCGGUGCAGGAGUCCUGUCCAGAUCCAACAAUGGCAGACCAGCUACAAGAUGGCUGAAUCUCGGGGUGGAGAAGAGAGGGUAGAGGCGUUGCACUCGAACUGCAUGCCGGAAGAGAGGGGGCGUCCAGUCGGAAUAUUGAACCAGAAUCAGGAACUACUAAAUGGAAGUAGCCCAUCGGUAAUGUCCUGCAACUUCAGUUGGCUUAAAGGUGGACUGGAGAAUGCCAUGAAAGUUAUUGACCAUACUGCCAUUGUAACUAAAGGGCAGGAUGACUGGUCUGUUGACAAGCAGGCUGGGGCCACAGAACUUCCUUCUCUCGACCAGAGCCCGCCGUUCAGGCGGCAGCCAGACACUUACUGCUCUCAGCAGGUGAGCCGGCCUGGGGACGUGUCGGAAGGCUCCAUCAACACCACGCGGAACAAACACAGCCAGUGCUCGGACACUCAAAGUGGGACGGAAAAUCACACACAGGAUCAGCAGGGAAAGACAGGAAGUUCACCGCAGAGCUCGCGAGACAAGAUGACGGGGCAGAAAACUGGAAGAAGCCAGCUGGAAUUCUCAGCAACCAGCCAGAGCACAGGAACUGUGAGCGAAGACAAAUACAAGACUCCAAAACCAUUCAGGCCCGCUGAUGAGACUGGAAAAGAAUUUGAAAUGCAGGCCAGCUCUGGAAUUCUGAAGCCAUUCUCCCAUCACAAGAGGAGCACAGAGUCCCUUCACCUUGCGGGCAAACAGCCCGAGGGAGCUCCACAAAGAUCGAAGCGAAAGCCAGACUCUGCCUCCCCACUGCGAAGAACUGCGGCCCAAAUCCGACCCCAGAAGAUCACCUUCUCCGACACGGUGGUCUCGCAGCCUGUGGAGGGAGAGAGAUGGCAGCAGGGGCCCAUGAGUGAACAGACUCAGAGGAAAGUGUUCAGGCACAAAGGGGGCUACCGUAGCUGCCAGCACCACUCGGGAAAGGUUCAAAGGUCAUGUUCUGAUGAAGCCCUCCGCACAAUCACCGAGAGAUCUACAGAGAAUCCAAAUAACCGUAUGUACUCAGAACAUUACAAUCAGUUGAUCCACACAGCUGGGUGCCCUCAACCGCAAACAAAACCGCGGCGCAGACAGCAGACCUUCCACGGGACAGGGCGUGGUGUCUUCCAGAACUCCACCCCGAAUAACGUCUUGGGCCUGCACUGCGGAGACGACGACGGCUGCUGUUCCACGUGCUCUUCCUCAUCCUCCGACUCGGAGGAGGAGGGCUAUUUCCUCGGACAGCCUAUCCCACGGCCAAAGACCAGCAGCGGCCUCCACUUCAGUCGGGAGCCCUGGAAACCCAGCCGCACACCUGAAAUCAUGUCAGCGCAGAGAGGUAAAGCGGACAGGAAGAGGGAAAACAAGAGUAAAAACUGCACCAUCGCCUAGGCAACCCAUAGACUUCAUGCUGGCUUGUGUGUGAAAUGUUCUGCCCUGGAAGAGGGGCUUGGACAUAUGGCUUUCUGUGAUACUUGCCACUCUCCCUUCUGGUUCCUUGACCGUAAUGUCCUUCUGUUAGCAAAGAAUGCAGAUAUUCUGGAGCUUAGAUACAGCAUUUCCUGGGUAUACAGUUCAACAGACACACAAGAGAUUCUGCAGAUGCUGGAAGUCUCGAGCAACACUCACACACACACCCAGAACGCUGGAGGAACUCAGCGGGUCAGGCAGCAUCUAUGGAGGAGAGUAAACAGUCAACAUUAUAGGCUGAGACCUUUCAUCAGGACAGUCCAGUUCUCAUUUAGGGUCUCAGUCCAAAACGUCAACUGUCCAUUUCCCUCCGUAGCUGCUGGCUGACUUGCUGAAUACCUCCGGAAUUUUGUGCGUCUUAUACAAUUUAUCAUUAUCCAGAGAAGAGCAGAGUGGAAACACGGGCUGGUCUCACCCACUAUAACCUUUCAACAGUUUACUUUCAUCUAAUAAAGCCAGCGGACCAUACACCUCAUUCGUAAAUCAAUUCCCCCCACCCCCCACAGACAGGAAAUUAAAGUCUUAGUGAUUAAGAAAGUCCAGAAUAGAAAGCUAGGAUCCAUACCAGCAACUGUGAAAACUAUUCGAUUGAUCCUUAAACACCUAACCGUUGGCCCUUCGGUGAACAAAAACCUGCCGUCCUUGCCCAAUCAGUCCAGACAUUCAAAAAGGUGCUUAACACGGGGGCAGUAAAAGCUCAUCUUGACCAGUGAACAAACAAAAUGCAGCUGAAAUAGUCAGAGUUUCAAAGGUUAUAGGGUGAAGGCAAGAGGAUAAGGUUGAGAGGGAUAAUAAAUCAGCCAUGAUCGAUUGGGGAGCAGACUCGAUGGGCUGAAUGGCCUAAUUCUGCUCCUAUGUCUUAUUGGAAAAAUGAACUCAUUUCCUGACUGUCAGCUGACUUUUCUCAAAAGAGCCAUUUAGCAAAGUUCUUCAACACCAAGAAAUUUAUCUUACGAGAAAGACUGCAGAUCCUGCAGUCCUGCAAAAGGGUCUCGGCCCAAAAUAUGGACUGUCUGUUUUUCUACACAGAUGCUGCCUGACCUGCUGAGUUCUUCCAAUACAGUUAGACCGUACUUUGCCCCCUUUGUGCAAUCACUCAUGGAUGAAUUUCUAACUACCAGUAUUUUCCUGACCUAUUGUAUGCUGUUUUCAGUCUUCCGCUCCAAUGAGCAAUUUGGUCUCUGGUCACACUGAGAACAAUCACAGUCCUGGUCACCUACACCCUCACCUGCUGUACAUCACUGAGUUAGACCGGGUGAGACCCUCGUCAGUUCAGUGCCAGCCAGCAGGAGGCGCCAGACUGUCAACGGCUGUUGGCAGUGGAACACGAUGACCUCUGUCUUAGGAAGGGCGUUAGAACUCAACACCAACUAUAUCAAACUGCCCAGAUUUGGCAGGAGUUCAUGGUUGAGGCUGAUGAGAGGUUAAAAUUGUCUGUCUGUCUGUCUCUGUCUCUGUCUCUCUGUCUGUCUCUCUCUCUCUCUCUCUAUCCUCCUCACUCUCCCCAUCUCACCAUUCUCUCUAUCUCUGUCCCCUCCAUCUAACUCCUCUCGCUCCUUGCUUCCCCACUCUCCAAUCCCUCUCAUCUCUAUCCCAUGCAUCUCCCACCCCUCUCAUACCCUCUCCUCUCUCUCUUCUCCUUCCCUCUCUCUCAACUCCUCCCCUCUCUUCUCUCCAUUUCUCUCUCUGCUACCUGAACUAGACUUUUAGCAUUACUCCCAACACUAUAUUGGGAGUGACCCACUUGCUAUCACAGAGAACGGCAGGACAAUUUGCUCACAGGUUUCACUGUGCUGGAUUCAAACCAUGUUCCCCUGCCCAGACCCAUCGACUUCAUCCCAGACGUCAACACCACGAAUACAACCAGCUCUGCAAACAUAAUCACAAUACUAUUAUACACAUUUACAUAAUAUCAUGUUGUAUUUUAAAUAAUGUAUUACUACAUAUAUCUAUUUAAUUACUGUGGAUGUUAUUUAUGCUUAUUCAGUGCAUGUAUCAUCUGUGCUUUAAAUGUUGAGCUACAUCUUACUUACAGAUAUAAAGAUGAGAACUUGUUGUAAACUUGUGCAAGAUCAACUAAUAAAGUGGUCAAACUGCUCUUAUAA